AACCGCGGAAGGAGAAUGGGCAAGUAUAAGCGCGUAAAGGACGUGUUCUAAAGCAGUUUCUCGUACACGACUCAUUCUACAAUUCUAACAAAAUCCGCCAUUGUUGCAGUACGGGAAGACAGAUAAUGGGAGCCGGUUGUUCAUGCUUCGAUGGCGAAGCCAAGCAGCAGAGACGAGAACAGGAGCAAUUAGCUUCUCAAGAAGCUCGAGCCAAAGCCGCUGAGGCGGCUCAAAAGAGACAACAGGAAUUUGAACUGUCUGCUAUUGGAAGAGCUGCCCGUGCACAAGCAGCAAAAGAAAAGCACUCUGGGAAUGCUAAUAGGGGUGAACCAGUUCUUAAGUGGCAGAUGGGAUAACUUAACACUAGUUGACUUUUUAGUGUUCAACAAUCAUUUUUUGAAGAAAUUGAUGAUACUUGUGUGGCGGGACUAUCGUGGCAGAUAAUUGCUCUGAUUUUCAGCAUUCGGUGUGGUUUUUGAUAGAUAUAUUCUAGGAAUCGACGCUCAUACAAAGCAUUCGUUUUCCUCAGUGUCUGUUGCCUGUUGGUGUGUGUAUAUAUUUCAUCAUUCCUGUAUAUCUUUUAAACUAUUACAUAUGUUUGGUGCUAUGAUUACAUUUGUUCGUUUUCAGUUAUUAGGAAUGUUGUAGUGCGAAAUCCGACUAUUUUUUGUUUCCUGGUGCUAUAAAAUUACACAAGUACUAUUCAAAUUUAUAGUAAGUAAUAUAGCAUCAAGAAAAAACAUUUAAAAUUUGUGUAUCCUUGUAAUUAAAUUGAAAUUUCAGCUUA